AUGAUUCUGAACAUAGUUAGUAGCACUUCUACUAACUAUGCUAAGCCUCCAAAGCAAUGCAUCUGUUUCUGGUUGUUCGCUGACGAAGCAUCCGUUUCCGAAGAGUUAGAAUCGUCCUCUAGUGACACUUUAGUCGACAAUGACAUUGUAGAGGAAGAUGUUAUCAGUAAUAAUGAAGCUGAAGUACAAAUUGAUGAUAAUAGUGGCUCAAYRAACAGUUUAUUCCAGUGUUCUUACUGCRASAAAACAUUCCCCAACAGCUCGCAACUUAUUUGUCAUUUAAGAACACACACAGGAGAGAAACCUUUCGAAUGCUUGCACUGCAAUAAGAAUUUUUCAAGAAGGUAUGAUUUGAUCAAGCACACAAGGAUUCACACRGGAGAGAAGCCAUUUGAAUGCUCUCAUUGCAAUAAGAAGUUCACUGAAAGAGGAAAUCUGAAUAAACAUCUGAAACAACAUAAAGUACAAACUGAAAUGAUGGAUGGAAAUAUUCCAGCUUCUGAUAAASAUGCACCUKCARUAACCGAAAACCAAAGUGCCGUCACUGCUACACAWACUGAMAAUGCAGAAAAAGUGUUUGAGUGCUCUAUUUGCAAGAAAGCGUUUUCAAAGAGAGCAAUUUUGAAAUCACAUCUCAAAAGACACACAGGUCACAAACCCUUUGAUUGUKCUCAAUGUGACAAAMGAUUUACUUCAAAGUAUGACAUGGUAAARCAUCUGAGAGUCCACACUGGUGAGAAGCCUUUUGAGUGUUCUCACUGYAAUAAAAAGUUCUCUGAGAAAGGAAACCUGAGAAAACACUUACARAUACAUUCCAGGAAACCAAAGCAAAAUGCAGAAGGCUCUAUUAAUCCAAGUAUAAACAGUAUUGAACCUUCUUUGCAGAACUCCAGGGAAUGCCCACAAUGYGGAAAAACCUUUACCUCAAAGUGUGACCUGAUUAAGCAUUUCAGAGUCCAUUCAGGGGARAAGCCAUUUGAGUGCUCUCAUUGUUUUAAAAAGUUUUCAGAGAAAGGCAAUCUGAAUAAGCAYGUACUACGGCACUGUAGACAAUUUGGAGAUGAAAAUUCAAGUGCACAACAACAGAGAAGUUUAMAUGGGGAACAAAGUCAGAAAACCUUUGAAUGUCCACAUUGCAAGAAGACAUGCACAUCAAAGCAUGACUUYACAAAGCAUCUACGAGUUCACUCGGGGGAGAAGCCAUUUGAAUGCCCUACAUGUCACAAGAAGUUUUCRGAAAGUGGUAACUUAAACAAGCACGUCAAAAUACACAAGAGAAAACAAGACAAACAUAUUGAGGACACAAAUGAUGAGAACAAUGUGGACAGACGGACCGAUCUGACAGAAGGAACUCAACAAUCAGACAUGGAAAAAACAUCUUCCACAGGAGGAAAUCUCAAGAAGCAGCAUAAAACCCAUGGCAAAGAUAAAAACAAAACAUAUGAGUGCUCUUUCUGUGAUGAAAAGUUUGAUAAUAGAGUUGAUUUGAAGCAUCACCUUAACAUUCACCCAGAUAGUAAAACCUUUGCAUGCAGUUAUUGUGAGAAGAAGUUUUCAACAAAUCAUGAUUUGAAGAAGCACUGUAGRGUUCAUACUGGAGAGAAGCCUUAUGAAUGUUCCUACUGCAAGAAGAGGUUCACUGAGAGUGGUAAUUUAAACAGACAUCUCACUAUACACACAGGGAAGAGAAAAUAUUUUAAAUGUUCUCAUUGYACAAAGUCAUUCUCUUGUCAAGCUUCUUUGAAAAGGCAUCUWAGUACAUGUAGUCAUACAGAUSAAGUUGAAGAGGRAAACMGAGUGGAUCAGCAAACAGAGGAACAGCAGCAAGAACAAGAACAGAAAAAACARCAAGAAGAAGAACAACUACAAGUGCAUUAUACUGACGAAGAAGAAGUUGUUAUUGUACAUAUUGAUGGAUUUGUUGAAGGAGAAAAUUGUGUUGAGCAAGAACAAAAAUGACAGGAGCAAMAUGGAAUUAUCAUCAAUUUACAUAAUGCAACCAGGGGUGGAUCAUUAUAUUCAUAUUAUAUAUUAACCAUAGCUAAAUUAAUUAAAUUUUAGAAAAAAUAUACAUACUUAAAAAAAGCAUACAAGCAAAAUAAUAUACUACAACAAUAGGGUAGAAAUCUUCAUUGAAUAUUCAUUGUGAAUAAAUGACAUUGUGUUUACAUGUGAUUGAAUUAUAUAUUAUCAAAAUGUUUUUUUUUAAUUAUAUUUUCAUUAUGUACAUUGUAUAUAGAG